AUGCGGACUGCCGUCCGAACCCAAUCGGGACCAGACCCCUUUACGCGUUACAGUGUUACCAUCCCCAUGAUCCCGCUCAUCCGUUCUCUCUUCCCUUUUCUCCUCCCUCCUCUCCUCCCUUCUCUCGUCCCUUCUUUCCUCCCUCUCCUCCCUCUCUUCCUCCCUUCCGUCCACCCGCCCAUCCCUCCCACCUCUCACGUCGCCUUCACUCCUCCCCCCUCGCUCCGCCCAAUCAGCCCCCCUGCUCCUCCCCAUCCCCCGCUCGCCAGCCCCCCUUCCGCUUCCGUCCCUCCCCCACCGCCCCCCUCUUCCGCCUCUAAAUCCGCCAUCACCCCUGCCCUCCCUUCCAAAUCUCCCCCUCCCACCACCCCAAUUCCCGUCGCCGCCCCUCUCCUCCCUACCGAACCUCCCCCUCAGGCCUCCCAUUCCCGAACCUACAUCCCCCCUUCCACCCCCCCCACGGAACCGCGGCUCCCGGUCCUCUCUCCCCUCACCGCUUGCCUCCUUUCCCCCGUCCCGCGCCUCUCGUUCCGCACCUUGCAGAUGCAUCAGCGGAGUUCUUUCCCCUCCAUGCGGGCGCAUAGGCGAAUCCCUUGGCCCUCAGUCUCUCGCGGAGAUCUUCAUUUGAAACCCUAA